UCUCAAUAGAGAGAAUUGUUGAAGAAGCACAUAAGAGAACAAAAGGAAAAAGAUGGGGUCUAAAGCUCCCAUUCAUAUACUCCUUGUGUCCUAUCCAGCACAAGGACACAUAAACCCUCUACUUAGACUAGCAAAAUGUCUUGCAGCAAAGGGCUCCUCUGUCAUUUUCACCACAACAAAGAAAGCUGGCAAAGACAUGCAAACUGGUUGCAACAUCACUGACAAAACCGUCACUCCAAUUGGCGACGGUUCGCUCACAUUUAACUUUUUUGACGACGGUUUCAAAGAGGAUGAUCCCAUUAGAACAAAUCUCAGUGACUACACACCACAACUUGAACAUGUUGGAAAAAAACAUGUUUCCAAAAUAAUCAAAAAUUAUGCUGAUUUAAAAACACCAAUUUCUUGCAUCAUAAACAACAUUUUUAUUCCUUGGGUUUGUGAUGUAGCAACUGAACACAAAAUUCCUUUUGCUAUUCUUUGGAGUGAAUCAAGUGCUGUUUUCACUGCUUACUAUAACUAUUUCCAUAAACUGGCACGUUUCCCUUCAAAACCAGAACCUUAUAUUGAUGUUCAAUUGUGUUCUUUACUCCUUAAACACAAUGAAAUUCCAGAUCUUUUGCAUCCUUUUAAUAACUAUCCAUUUCUUGGGACACUAAUCUUGGAACAAAUCAAGAAUUUGUCUAAAGCUUUGUGUGUAUUAGUGGAUACAUAUGAAGAACUUGAGCAUGAUUUCAUCGAUUAUAUUUCGAAUAAAUCGGUCGUCAUAAGACCAAUUGGUCCAUUGUUCAACAAUCCAAAAAUAAAAUGUGCAAGUAAUAUUCGUGGUGAUUUUGUUAAGAGUGAUGAUUGUAAUAUUAUAGAGUGGCUAAAUUCAAAGCCACUAAGUUCUGUUGUUUAUAUCUCUUUUGGGACCAUUGUGUCUCUUCCUCAAGAACAAGUGAAUGAAAUUGCAUAUGGGUUAUUGAAUUCAAAACAAGUUUCAUUUUUGUGGGUGCUAAAAGUAAAAACACCUCCUAAUGAAAUAGUUUUGCCUGAUGGGUUUUUGGAGGAAACAAAUGGGAGAGGAAAAGUGGUGAAGUGGGGUCCACAAGUUGAAGUUUUGGCUCAUCCUUCAUUGGCAUGUUUCAUAACACAUUGUGGUUGGAAUUCAAGUAUGGAAGCAAUUGCUUUAGGAGUGCCAGUGUUGACAUUUCCAGCAUGGGGUGAUCAAGUUACAAAUGCAAAGUUUUUGGUGGAUGUUUUUGGUGUUGGAAUAAGGUUGGGUUAUAGUAGAGCUGAAAACAAAUUGGUGAGUAGAGAUGAGGUUAAGAAGUGCUUAUUGGAAGUGAUGGCAGGGGAAAAAGCAGAGGAGUUGAAGAAAAAUGCAAUCAAGUGGAAGAAGGCGGCGGAGGCUGCGGUUGCAGUAGGCGGAUCCUCUGAUUGGCAUCUUAAUGCAUUCAUAGAAGACAUUAAGAAACGUGACCCUUAAACGUUUAAUGUAUCUUGAAAUUAAAAGAGAAUUAGACGAAAUUACAGUGAACUGUCGUAAUUUUUCAUUUAAAACUUUAAGUGAUUUAUGAUAUAACUAUGAUUUUGUCAAAAUUCCAAACAUUCACUUUGAAGAAGAUAGCAUAGAAUCUUGAUUAUGUGCUUUGUCUUUAUUGUAGGAUAUAAAUGCCUGCAAAUCCAUCCAUCCAUCAAUGGUGGGUACUGGAUAGUAAGGAAUGCAAACACCAAAAAAUA